GCAGUGACGUCACUUCCGCUUCCUGCCGCGCGCGGCCAUUUUUGCUCUUUCUUUGCUACUUUCCGGUCGAAGAGAGUGUUCCUGCUCUGACGUCGGCGGCCCUCCGUGAGGGAGGCAAGACGGCGGAACCGCAGCCAUGACUGAGGCUGAUGUAAAUCCGAAGGCCUACCCUCUCGCAGAUGCCCACCUCACCAAGAAACUAUUGGACCUCGUUCAGCAGUCAUGUAACUAUAAGCAGCUUCGGAAAGGAGCCAAUGAAGCCACCAAAACCCUCAACAGAGGCAUCUCUGAGUUCAUUGUGAUGGCUGCAGACGCCGAGCCCCUGGAGAUCAUUCUGCAUCUCCCACUGCUGUGUGAAGACAAGAAUGUGCCCUACGUGUUCGUGCGCUCCAAGCAGGCCCUGGGGCGGGCUUGUGGGGUCUCCAGGCCUGUCAUCGCCUGUUCUGUCACCAUCAAAGAAGGCUCACAGCUGAAGCAGCAGAUCCAGUCCAUUCAGCAGUCCAUCGAAAGGCUCUUAGUCUAAACCGGUGGCCUCUGCCACACUCUCCUACUGACUCCUCCCUCCGGGUUGUGUAUCAUAUUUUCUGUUAGCAUGUAGUAUUUCCAGCUACUUUCUAUUGUUAUAAAAUAUUGUAAUACUAAGUCUGGUUUUUACACUUUUGUAUUAUUUUUGUUUUGUCUUACAGGUCGUCAUCUGCCCCCUACCCCUACCCUAAUCUUUCUUUCCAUUUUCUGCUGUCUUUCCUCCCUUUCAAAAAAUGAACUAAUGCCCAGAACAGGCAGAAACAGAGUGGUGACACCAUUCAAAGGCAGAGAAGAGCCAGGAUUGAGAUCCACUUCCAGCUUUCAGGCACUAACUCCCUACUGUGUGCAGGACAUGAUAAAGUAACCACCACCCACUUGGUAUCCCUUGUGGCUGGCAUACAUAAUUAUUCCAUACUUGUUUAAAUGAUCUGGGGGUUUCCUUUGCUUUCCAGGGGAUUAUAUAUCAUUUGGGGAGGAAGCAUGUAUUCUGCGAGGUGGUUCGUUGUGUCAUUUGCUAACAUGCCACUGCUGUUUCCUUUUGGGAAUAUGUUAUGUUCCCCCCUAACUCCCAGCUGUGCCCCUGAGGGUGACAGGACAGCACCGUACCAGAGAGAUAUGUGCGCAGAAUUCCAGAGGUGGCCUAGGCGAGUGAGUUAUGGGGCUUCAAGGAGUCUGGAGGGGCAAGAGAAGAGGCUCAGCUGGUUCUGGAAUGCAGGAUUCGGGGCAAGUCAUGGAGACCUAGAAGCUACAGCAGAGAUGAUGGGUCCAAGGAGACAGCCUCUGGUGACUGCAGAUUUCUUCAGUGGACACUUGGUACCAGCUCUGAGAGCCCUUAACCCUAUUUCCUGGGUCAGGUGUAUGUUCUUUAUCACAUCAGAAGGACAGUGCUAAUGUGUCAUUCUUGUGAGCAUCCUAGUAAAGAAAUAUAUUCAUAGUCCAAUUUAAA